AUGGGCGACCUCGCCGACUACCUCACGUCAAACGACCCCUCCUUCCGAAAAGCCCGUCUUCCAGCCCUCUACUCCGACUUUCGCUCCCAGCGCACCCUCAACCCGGACGGCUACACCGCCAACCUCUCGGCCUGGCGCGCCGCCCUCGCCCGCCUCGCCUGGGACGCCCAGCUCCCCGACCCCGCCACCUCCACCACCCCGCCGCGUCUCCUCCUGACCGUCGACGACGCGCUCCCCGCCCACCUGCAGAGCCGCCAGUUCGGCCGCCCGCUGGCCCUCGGCACCGUGGUCCGCGAGGCCCUCGACGGCGGCGACCUCGUCCCCGUGCCCGACUUUCUCGCGCGAAAAGAGAGCAUCUACGCCAAGACGGCCGGCUGGGGCGCCGUGCCCUGGAGCGUCGCCUCCUGGGCCGCACGGCAGCUGGGGUUCGGCAACGGCGGCGGCGGCACGUCGGCGGCCGAGGACAAGAUGCCCAAGGGCACGUACGUCGUGCUGCCGAACCUCGAAAAGGCGGGGGGUCUCGUGGCCGAACAGGCGGCCGCGCGGGCGAGCGACACGCGCUUCGAGCGGACGUUUACGCGGCGCCAUUUCGAGCGGGCGUGCGCCGCCGACCUGGCCGUCGCGGGGCAGAAGGACAGGGCGCUCCCGCGGCGCGACGUCGACGUGCUGCUGCGCUUCCUCGCCCGGGACAAGGGCCUCGUGGCGAGCGACGGCCAGACGGUGCGCAUCCGCGUCGAGGGCGAGGACGCCGCCAUCACGGAGGAGGACGCCGCCGUCGCGCAGCUCAAGGCGCUCGUCGAGGAUCUCAAGCACCAGACGACACUGCUGGCGGCGCGCGUCGACACGCUGGCGGCCGACGCCAAGGCCGCCGUCGGCAGGAGGAACAACGCCGCCGCCAUGCGGCUGCUGCGCGAGAAGAAGACGGCCGAGGCGACGCUGGGCAAGCGCGGCGCGGCGCUGCUGCAGAUGGAGGAGAUUGCCGCGAGGAUACAGCAGGCGCGGGACCAGGUCCAGUUCGUCAAGGUCAUGGAGGGCAGCGCCGGCGUGCUGAAGCAGCUGAAUGCCGAGGUCGGCGGCGUCGAGCGCGUCGAGGGUGUCGUCGACGCGCUGCGGGAGCAGAUGGCCGACACGGACGAGGUCGGCAGGAUACUCGCGAGCGCUGGCGAGGUCGAGGCCAUCGACGACGGCGAGAUUGACGACGAGCUCCGUGCGCUGGAGAAGGCUGAGGAGGACAGGAUCGCGGCUGAGAAGCAGGCCGAGAAGGACGCCCACCAGGCCAGGGAGGCCGAAGCCACGAGGAAGCGCCUCGAGGAGGCCGGUUCCGUGCCGGAGACGGAGGCGGAGAGCGAGGCAGCGGCCAAAACGGCUGAGCAACUCGAGCGUAUGUCGCUGGAUGAGCGCCCGCAGCCUCAAGCUGCGUCUUGA